AUGAAGCGAUUGAGGAUGAGACGGAUGCUAGUGGAGCUGCCUGUCUUUAUUGAUAUGGCUCUGGGUCGAAUGGAGGCGGCGGCGGAAAGCGGUGAGGCCAAGCCGGAGGCGUUGAUGCGAAUCAUCGCAUCGUUACUGGGCGGUCUUCGGCGGUUUCGGCACUUCUCCACGCUCAACGACAGAGACGCAUACGCAAAUAGUCUACCUCCAAUCGUGAACGACCAAGCAGUCCGUCUCGCCGCAUUCGCUAUACACCUCGCGGAGACACAGCCGUCCUCUUCCCUCGCGCCCAGCGUGAUCAGCGAUCUGAUCCGGGAACGGCUAUUCGAUCGGGUCCUUCUGACGGCGGAGAUCAGGCGGAUGCUUCUCGCACAUCUGCCGAGGAAGUCGACCACGGCGGGCGAGUUCAGGGCAUGCGCCAUGAGCAUGAUCAGGGAGGGCAAGGCGGACACUGUCAAGCGGGCAGAGGGCCUGAUCGAUGAGGAUCCGCAGCUGGAGCUUGUACAUGCAGAGGCAGAAGGGGCGUCAAGGCAGAUGGGGACGCGCUCACCGAACCUGGUGCUGGAUGCGGUAGAGGCGAUCGCGCUCGCUCGGUGCGGGUCGACCGCUCGUGCCGUCCUCGGAGCGCUCGAGCCGUAUCUCAACUCUCCAGAGCCCGCCGACGCAGGCGGACCGGUCAGCGCGGAAGCGUCGGCCAGGCAGCCCUACGCGUGGUCCAUCCUCAUGCAUCGCCUAUCGGGGUCCUCUCACACCACCGCCGAUGACCUCUUGGGUCUCACGUCCGAGCUCUCGGAAGAGCUCAUGAUACCCCAAAUCAUGUCACCGCUCAUCGCCGGCCUCAUCUCCCGGAGGGACUUGACGCCAGCCUGGGACAUCUUUGUCGAUCUCUGCGAGAAGCAAAGAGCCGAGAAUGUCCCAGGACGGUAUGUAGACCGUCAGCUGCUAGCUGCGGCUACCCCUCUCUGCGCUCAGCUUUUCGGCCUCGACGCAGCCGUUCAGCUCGUUGACGAGUGGGCUCGUCGGACUACCGGUCCCUCCCCCACAGACUGGCGUCACUCCAUUACCAUCGAUUCGGUCAACCUCAAUACCCUCCUCACACAGUGCGCUCAAUUCAGUCGUCCAGGCAUCGCCCUUCGUCUGUUCGCGGCCGCGCAACGUCGCUGGGGACUCUGGCCAGACCAUAUCUCCCUCAACAUCCUCGUCGAUUGCUGUCGGUUCUCACAGACCACAGACGCAGACGAGCCAGACAGUAUCCGGUCACGCCUCCGGGACCUCGUCGGCGAGAUGCGGCUCUUUGGGUCAAAAGAGCUCGACAAUCCGGGCGAUAGCUAUAUGGUGCAUGAUAUCCCGGAGCUGGCGGAUGGGGACGUGAGCAUCCUGCUUGAUCGAGAAGGGAUGAGCUGGCGGGAGACGAUGGGGGACAUGCGGCCCUGGCAAUUCGGUCGUCGGAUCGUCCGGGAUGUCAUCCUCGGAAACUGGCCAUACCUCGUCGAUGUCCCCUCUCCACUCGACUUCGGUCCCUUCGCGAAGCUCGAUGAUAUCCUCCGUCCAUAUCCUUCUGCCCAUCCCGACGAAUUGCGCCUCCCGCUCCUUACGGCGCGAUACACCCAUAUCAUCCCUUCGGCGGGUACGUUCCAGUCAUACAUCACCCUCCUCGGCUUCUAUGGGCGCACAGAGGAGAUCCCGGUGGUACUCGCCUGGGCGCGGGAGCUGGGCGUGCAACUGAACGCAAAAUCGAUGUGCUCGGCGCUGGCGUAUAUUGGGGAGGUGGAGGGUCCGAGGCGGCGCGUCAGGGGCUGGAAGCCAGAAGGCGGGUCGGCGUUCGUCAGGGAUGAAGAGAUCAUGCGGAGGUGGUUGCAGGAGUGGAUCAGGGGGGAGGUACCAUCGGAAGGGGACGUGGCGGCGUUUGUGAGGGAGGUGAAGGUGAAAGGGGCGGCGCUGUCUGCGCCGAGAUGA